CUAAAAUUGCAAAAUCUCCAAACAAUGUAUAAAAUAAAGUGCCCCAAAAUAAUUUGAAAAGUUGAGGAAGGUGGAGGUAAAUGGCUUUUAUGUCCUUGCCCUUCUUUCAACGGAUAAACCCAUGAGUUUUCCGGCAAUUUCUCUUUGCGACUCCGUCAAAGCUUUUGUCUCUAUGUAUCAAUGGCUUCUACCGGAGACAAAAAUGUAAUACUCACUCCAUUUCUUACUUUCCGUGUCCAUCUUUCCCCCCUAACUUGAUCAUUGCCACUUACACCUUUUCUUCGAGUGAUCACUGCUAGAAGCCUAGAAAUACUCUGCUCCCAGGCACCCUGAAGAUUGAGGGUAUUGAAACUCCGGGUCUCUUAAAAUGGGUGAAACCAGUGGUAAUGGAAGCUUACCAAUACCACCUCUAUCAAACUAUAGAAUGGGGAAAACCCUUGGGAUUGGAGCAUUCGGUAGAGUCAAAGUAGCCCAACAUAUUUUGACCGGAGUCAAAGUGGCCAUAAAGAUCCUUGCUCGUCAAUCAAUCAAUGAUUCUGCUGCAGAGAAAGUGAGACGAGAGAUUAAUAUAAUGAGGCUUCUUUCCCAUCCUCAUAUUGUUCGGCUUUAUGAAGUCAUAGAGACUCGAUCAUGCAUAUAUGUCAUCAUGGAGUAUAUGAACUCAGGUGAACUAUUUGAUUAUAUCACUGAAAAUGGUAGACUUGAGGAAGGUGAAGCUCGCCAUCUCUUUCAACAGAUUAUUUCAGGUGUAGAGAGUUGCCACCUUCACAUGGUGGUUCACCGAGAUCUUAAGCCUGAAAAUCUACUUCUUGACUCAAAAGGAAAUGUCAAAAUUGCUGACUUUGGACUUGCUAAUAUCAUGCGAGAUGGACAUCUUCUAAAAACUAGUUGUGGAAGCCCUAAUUAUGCUUCUCCAGAGGUUAUCUCAGAACGUCUUUAUGCUGGACCUGAAGUUGAUGUUUGGAGUUGUGGGGUUAUUUUAUAUGCUCUUUUAUGCGGAAGUCUUCCUUUUGAUGAUGACAAUCUUUCUGGCUUAUAUGCAAAGAUAAAGAGUGGAAUAUACACAUACCCAAACUACUUGUCUCUUGGAGCACGUGACUUGAUUAGAAAGAUGCUUAUUGUUGAUUCAGUUAAUCGUAUUACUAUUCCAGAAAUAUACAAGCAUCCAUGGUUUCAAGAACAUCUUCCAAAAUACAUUGCAGGCCAUUCGAUCGAUACUUCAUGGAGUGCAAGAAAGGUUGAUGUUAGAGUCCUAGAAGAGAUGGAUAUCUUAGGGUUCAAUGUUCAAGAAGUUAUUGGAUCUUUGAACAACCUGUUGCAAAAUCAGGCAACUGUUACAUAUUCUAUAUUAUUGCAUAAGUUGUUGAGUAACCAUAAUUACAACAAAGACAAUCCUCUAGCAUCUUUGCCACUGGAAUGCACAGAUCGGCGAGAAAUAUAUGUAAGACCAGUUUCUCCUGUUCAAGGGAAAUGGGUACUUGGAUUCAAGUCCUGUGCAUCACCACAUGAAACUAUGAGACAUGUUUUAAGCGUCCUCAAGAGCUUGAAUGUACAAUGGAAGAAGAUCGGGGCAUACAACUUGAAAUGUCUAUGGAAACCAGCAGCACUUGAAAGCUAUUCCAAGUCUAUAGGCAUCCAUAGAGAUGAUGCCACCUGUCAGAGUAUACCAAUCAAGACCUCAAACAUGGAAGCCUUUAGUUUGUGUGAUGCAGUCAAGUUUGAAAUUCAGCUAUACAAAGGCAGUGCAGAAUCAUAUCUUGUGGACUGGCAAAGAGUUAUUGGACCUCCUUUUCUGUUCAUGGAACUUUGUGCUGGAUUUCGUGCUUGUGUUGUGUAAUUGCAUAGCCUCAAUAUUAUGAUUUAUAUUCUAUAACAUCCAGGACUCCAUUUAUCAAUUAUCAUGUACAUUUUGUAAAUUCGGUUUUCUUUUGUAACAAACUAUACACAUCUUAAAGGCAAGUUAUAAUCGGCGGCAUGGUAAUCAUAUCAAUGUGUUAAAAAAACCAUUAUGUGUCAGCAUUUUACAAGUUUGCAGGGAAAAUUUACUGUAAAUAAUCAAUUUUCACAAGUAAAAGGAAAUAUGUUUUGCCUUGAAGCCACAAAUUGGAUAUAAGAGUUGCAAAGGGAUAAUGUUUUGGCUGGAAGACAGAAAGAAAUUGAACUAUACAUAGGAACUAAUGAAUAAGAAUAUGUUUGAUUACACUUAUUCCUUAAGCAAUCUCUACUUUAUGUUGCAAUACAAAUUAGUUUUAAUUCCAACUAAACUAAACUUGUAAUAACCCCUCAUUUUGAUUUGUGUAUAUAGUUCACUAAACUUGAAAAA